AUGGCCGACAAGUCGUCUUCAGGUGGCAGUGGUGCGUCGGCGUCCGGGUCGAACCUCGCGUUCACGCUGGUGGCGGACGACCAUGACUCGCUGGCGACUACUCAGGACCUGCGCGCCGCGUUGGAGAAGGGCACCGACGAACUCAAGCUCGACACGCUCAGGAGGAUCAUCAUCUCGACGCUGAAUGGCCAGCCUCAUGUACGUGUGGGCAUCGUUGAGCGCUGUGCUGCGCGUGGGGGAUGCCCCGUGCGAUGAGGGGAGCCAUCACACCCCGUGCGACGACGCGGCUGGCGAUCAAGCAUCCUCCUACAGGGGCAGUGCUGACUCGUUGACACCCGACCCCUACCCAGCCGAACCUGCUGAUGCCCAUCAUCCAGUUCGUGCUCCCGUCCAAGAGCAAGCACAUCAAGAAGCUGCUGCAGUCAGUCCGCUCAUCUCCUCACCGUGUCGACGCGCGCCGUCGGGGCGUGUACGGCCCACCGCAGCAGCAGGUCGCGACCGUUCCCAGACCAGGCACUGACUUGGCAGCACCCACCAUGCAGCUUUUACUGGGAAAUAUGCCCCAAGCUCGACGAUAAUGGCAAACUCAAGCAGGAAAUGAUCCUUGUUUGGUGAGUCGCCCGAACAUCGCCGCCGCGCCUCGCCAGCCUCGAUCUUGUGGCUAACCUUCGCCGGUCCACCUGCCACGCCACAGCAACGCCAUUCGGAACGACUUGGUCCGUCCAAACUUGGCUCGCAGUCGGCGAAUCACAGAGCUCACACGCCGCGAGCUCCUGCUGACCAUGUCCCCCUCCCCCUGCCACGCAGCAACAUCCCAAUGAAUACAUCCGAGGCGCGACCUUGCGCUUCUUGCAAAAGAUCCGGGAACCCGAGUUGCUCGAACCCUUGGUCCCGUCAUGCCGCACUUGCCUCGUCAGUCCCCCAUGCCGAGCAUCGUAUUCGAAGACCCUCGCUCACAUCUCGACGCGUUCGACCCUCCUCUCCCCCGCAGGAACACCGACACUCGUUCGUGCGCAAGAACGCCGUCAUGGCCGUGUUCCAGAUCUACAAAAACUUUGAAUACCUCAUCCCCGACGCGCCCGAGCUGAUCCAGACCUUCAUGGCCGCCGAAUCCGACACGACCUCGAUUCGUAACGCGUUCAUCAUGCUCCAGGCGACGGCUCCCCAGCGCGCCGUGGAGUACUUUUUGUCCAUCUACGACCAGAUCCCGAGUCUCGACGAGAUGAUGCAACUUUCCGUCAUCGAGUUGAUCCGCAAGGAGAGCAAGGGAUCCAACUCAGAGGGGGCUCUCAAGGUGAGCGGGGCCCGUCUACGGCGGACCUGUGACGGCGACUGACGACCCCGGGACUUUGCUAUCACCAGGCCCGGUAUAUCAAGUGCAUCUUUGAGCUACUCAACUCGGGAUCCCACUCGGUCAAAUACGAGGCUGCGACGACCCUCACGACCCUCACACAAAACCCCGCUGCCGUGAAGGGUGAGUUGCCGAGGGUCCACCCAACAUAGUCAAGCGUACUGACCAAGACCUUUUAUCUUCAACUACAGCCGCUGGAAGCUGCCUCAUUCAGCUGAUUCUGCAGGAGUCGUCGAACAACGUCAAGAUGAUCGUCCUUGCGCGCGUGCAGCAGCUCCACGCCAAGCAUGAGCACGUCCUCAACGACCUCGUUAUGGACGUCUUGCGCGUCCUCAGUAGCCCCGACAUGGACGUCCGACGCAAGGCGCUCGGCCUCGCGAUGGACAUGAUUAGCAGCCGCAACAUUGAAGAGGUCGUCGGCUUCCUCAAGAAGGAACUCACGCGAACACUGGACGGCCAGUUCGAGAAGAACGCCGAAUACCGCCAGUUGUUGAUCCAGACGAUCCACACCUGCGCGAUCCGGUAUUCCGAGGUCGCGUCGAACGUCGUGCACGUGUUGAUGGAGUUCCUCGGCGACGCCUCCAACGCCUCGGCCGUCGAUGUCAUCUCGUUCGUCCGCGAGGUUGUCGAAAAGUUCCCCCACUUGCGCAGUGGGAUCGUCGAGCGACUCUUGUCGACGAUGGGCGAGAUCAAGAGUGGGAAGGUGUUCCGUGGGGCGCUAUGGAUCGUCGGAGAGUACAGCAGUACGGUCGAGGACUUGAAGGAGACGAUGCAGCAGAUCCGAAAGGUGCUCGGCGAGGUGCCAAUUCUGGCGAGCGAGCAAAGGCUUCUCGAGGCCGCCGAAUCCGAUCUUGCAGCGCAAGAAGCCGCACAGGAAGCGAACGGAGGCGGGACCCAGUUGCCGAAAGCGACAACAACGACGCGUGUGCUUGCCGAUGGUACCUACGCGACCGAAACCGCCUACUCGUCGGCGCCCUCAGCUUCUCUCGAAGUCGUCAAGGCGGCCGCAAAACCGCCACUGCGAGCUUUAAUUCUCGGCGGCGACUUUUACACCGCUUCUGUCCUGGCCUCGUCCUUGACCAAGAUCGUGCUCAAGUUCAAGGAAGUCAGUCGCGACGAGCGGGCCGUCAACGAGCUGCGCGCCGAGGCGAUGCUCAUCAUGACGUCCAUCAUCCGAGUCGGUCAAUCGCCUUUCUCGUCCGUGCCCAUCGACGAGGAUGCUCAGGAGCGUAUUACGAACUGCUUGCAAGCCUUGGCUGAGAUCGACUCGCCGUUGUCGAACGUUGCCAACACGGAACCGAUCAAAGAAAUCUUUUUGCACGACACGCAGGCCGCUUACACCAAGAUGAUCGCGCACGAGGAGAAGAAGGCCGCCGAGAAGCGCGCACUCGACUCGAAGGCCAGCGCCAUCCAGCCCGACGACCUCAUCUCGUUCCGACAGUUCUCAAAGAAGACGAACGGUGCCGAAGCGGACGAGUACGAGCUCGAUAUGACCAAGGCCACGGGUGCUGCGGACGCAUUGAGGGACGACUUCAUCUCGAAGCUGAACCGAGUCGUGCAGUUGACGGGAUUCUCGGAUCCCGUCUACGCCGAAGCCUACGUCAACGUCCACCAGUUCGACAUCUUCCUCGACGUGCUCAUCGUCAACCAGACGAGCGAAACAUUGCAAAACCUCUCGGUCGAGUUUGCUACCCUCGGUGAUCUCAAGCUGGUUGAACGACCAACGACGCACACGCUCGGGCCUCACUCGUUCCAAAGCAUCAAGGCGACGAUCAAGGUCUCGUCGACUGAGACGGGCGUCAUCUUUGGUAAUAUCUUCUACGACGGAGCGCAAACGACGGCCGACUCGCAUUGCGUCGUUCUCAACGAUAUCCACAUCGACAUUCUGGACUACAUCAACCCGGCCAGCUGCAACGAGGGUGAGUUUGACGUCCGUGGACACUGCUGCAGGCAGAUUGUGACUAACGUGACUUGUUUGGCUUUAUCGCCAUCCUCCUAGCUCAAUUCCGAAGCAUGUGGACCGAAUUCGAAUGGGAGAACCGAGUCGCCGUGGACACCUCGAUCAAGGGCCUCAACGAGUGUUCGUCCACCUCUUGAAUCUGAAGACUCCUCUCAGUUCUAAUCCGUCCGUUUUCGCAUGCAGACCUCACGCACAUCCUGGCGGCGACGAACAUGGCCUGCCUGACACCGAUGCGAGAAGCCUCGUCCGAAUGCGGCUACCUCAGUGCCAACCUCUACGCACGGUCCAUCUUUGGCGAAGACGCCUUGGCGAAUUUGUCCCUUGAAUGCAGCGACGAGGGCGUGAUUACGGGUCAUGUCAGGAUCCGGAGUAAGCAACAGGGUAUCGCAUUAUCCCUUGGGGACAAGAUCACGAUCUCGCAAAAGAAGGCGUAG